AUGCCUCUCUCCAUCGGGUUCCCAAGCAUCACCCUUGAUCACAGUCCCACAUCCUCGCCUGCCAUGUUCAAUAAUACGAUCCUAUCCAUCACUCCUUCCUCAACAUUGACCACAACCAUCACCAUCACGAUCAAUCCCAGCCUCAUCCCAUCAACCACCACAGUCAACAUCAGCUCAAACAGCAGUCUCGGUGCCUGUGGUCCUGGCAUUGGCUCAUGUCCAUCUGGUCUCUGUUGCAGUGAAUAUGGAUACUGUGGUUCAAACUCCAGCUACUGCGGCACAAACUGCAUGUCCAAUUUCGGUGUCUGCGGCUUCAAUGCUUCUCAGCCAUACUACAACAUCUCAUACGCUCCUCUCAGCACCUCAGUCUCAUUGAGCGACGGUACUGGUGCUGCUGGUAUCGUUACUGAUGACUUUGAUCAGAGUGCUUCUUCGAUCACCAUGUUCAGCUAUGCCCCUGAGAGCAGUGGAAGUGUGGUGACCACUGCUUUGGCGACUGCGACUGAGAUAUCGUUUGAGCCAGUGAGCGCUACCUGCACGGCUGUUGAAUCAACUUGGGCUGCCGCAAGCUACGCAGAUGCUCCCACGACCACCGUCACUGUGUUGAAGAAAGUCGACUGUUGA